AUGCAAUCUACCAUUCAAGCCCAACAGGGUCCCUUCCCAGACCGGACUCGAGAACCCAUGGCAUCUGCAACACAACCACAAAGUCUCUCCUCUACUGACUCCCAUCCACUAUCGGAUCCGAAUCAGGAUGCAGAGUCAGACCAAUCCUGGAAACCAAGAUUCGAUCGUCGCCAAAGCUGGAGCCAGGAGGACCAGAAACAUCUGUUGCAGGAACGAUUGUUGGAGCAUGCUGAUAUAGGACGGGAGACUGGAUUUACGGAGACGGGAUCGAGUCACUGA